UCCACAAUGUAUCCCAAAUGGUGUGUGCUAUUUCUUCUGCUAUCAGGUACACAUGCUUUCAUGAUCCACAACAUGGACCGGAGCCUGUGCCUGGAUGAAGUGGCAGGAACCAGUGAAGUAGUGGCCAGAAAGUGCAGCCUGGACUCUGACUCUCAGCAGUGGACAUGGGAGGAGCGGAGCCGCCUGGCCAACAUGGCUAGCUCCAGGUGUAUAUCGGCCCACCACGUCCAGCCCAUUCGUACCGAGCCCUGCCCUGAGCCCGGGGAGAGGGGUGUGGGGCUGGAGUGGGAGUGUGACAGAGACAGACUGAUCAGCAUGAACAACUCUCUGCUGCUGUCACUAAAUGGCCGACGCUUGGUCCUUACUAAUGAAAACAAGAACAUCAAGUGGAGGUCGCUGGAUAAGGGAGAUAUCUGCCAGGAAACGCUAAGAUCCAGGAGGGCGUCGGAGGAGUUUGAAAUCGUCCCAAAGCCCACUCUGUCAGCAGAAGAGAGGGAGUACCUUCGCUGGUUUUAUCGCACCGAGGAUGCAGAGUAUUGGAAGUUCUCAAUCCUGGCACUGGCCUUCGUCUGCCUCCUUAUUGGCUUCAUGCUGUUGGGAAUGGGCGUCAUGGCCAACAAGAACAGAAAGAAGAUAGCCAAGUACAAGGCAGUGGCUGCUCUGCUUCAGAAGAAAGAUUGUGAGGAGUUGCGGGUCAUAUCACUGGAAGACACCAGCGCACCCAGCACGCCGCUAGCAAAGCCUCCCGCCUCCUUACCGCCAAAUGGAGAGCUGAGCGACUGCGGGCCAGGGAACAUUGUGCUCACAUACAGAGACGGCAACACCUCCAGCUUGUACCCAGACACCACCACAGCAGCAGCAGCAGAAGUCAGCCUGACAGGGGAGGACAGGCAGGCCGAGGGUGCGGAGGAGGAGGCAGCGCUGGAGAUAACUACACAGCCACACACACAGGAGGAGGAGGAGAUGGAGGAGGAGAAGGAGGAGGAGAAGGUGGUGCCAGAGUGUAAUGAUUAAAGUUGAGAUGCAGCUUAAAGAGCCUGUACCUGAUUUUAAUUUAUUCUUGUCAAGAUAUAUGGUCUUUACAUAAUGCAUCGUAUGGUAGAAUCUGUUAAAUAAGAGAAAAAUCAAGCCUAUGAAAUAUAAUCUAUUUAUUUUACAUAGAAUUUUCUCCAGUAAUAAUUCAGGUGCUAUUGACAGGAACACAUUUUUUUUGUCAAAUCAGGCCCAUCGUUAUUAAAAUCAUGGGCAAACUACCUGACACUAUGGUGCAAUAUCACAGUGGCAGACAGGACUAAGUGGGUGGAGUUAAAAGUUCAAACUAAAACACGUUCCUGACUCAUGGCUUGAAAUCGGCUUGAAAUCGGAUACAGGCCCUUUUAAAUAAGACAUAUACUUGUUUAUGGGUGUUUACUAUUAAACUAUAGCACACAUGGAAAAUUAUUUUACAUUGUGUUCAUUGUAAAUCACAAUAUCGAUUUCAAAUGGCUCAUAAAAGAAACAGGUUCAUCGACCUCUUGUUCAGAAUGGCAGAACUGAUAAGCCCUGCCUCCUCAUAAUGGCAUUUUAGCACAGUCAGCUGAAGAUUUUCAUUUCACCUGGAGACUUUUUUUUUGUUAUAAUUGUAAUUUUUAAGUAAGUACGGACAAGUGGGUGGAGACAGAAGGCAGAUGAACAAAAUAUGUAUAGACAAGAUUGUACAGGGUUAGUCAAAUAUGCAUGAAUCAAACAAAACACAACUUUGAGUAUUGUAAUGAUGAGGAAAAACCACUAUAACAUUGUCAAAAGCUCAUAAAAGUUUAUUUUACGUAAUAUGUCCCCUAUAAACUUCAUAUCAGAGUUUCAGAGAUUGUGCAGGUCCUGGGCCAGUUUAAUGAUAAACAAUACCAGAUCUGCCGCUGGGAAGGUGUAGUAAUUAAUGUAGUUGUCUCAUUUUUACAAGAGUAUCCAGAAUGUGAAUCACUGAAUGUCAAGUUUAGUACAAGUUUAUAGCUGAAAUACGAUGACAAACGACAAAGGCAAACAGUAGAAAUGUGUACAGUUUUAUUUACAAUAAACAUAAUUAUAACGAUUGAGUGG